AUGAAGGUACAAUCUCUUAAGUGCACUGGAGAUAAAGCCAUUGAAAUUCCCCAGGAAUGGUACCAAGAGGGAGAACUUCUCAUUGGUGGAUUGAUGUCUCAUUUCCAUUACCUGUUCCCCCAAAUUAUUUUCGAUAAGCAUCCUUCUGAGGAAUCAGUUAACAUCCCAUUUGUUGUGACAAAGUUCUACCAACACAUCUUGGCAUUAGUCUUUGCAGUGAAAGAGAUAAACAAGGAUCCCUACAUCUUGCCCAACAUUACUCUUGGAUUCCAUAUCUAUGACAGCUAUUCUGAUUCUCGAAUGACAUAUCGUACCAGUCUGGACCUGCUUUUUAAAUUGCAUAAAAUUGUGCCUAACUAUAUUUGUGAGACUGAAAAGAAAAUGAUGGGAAUCAUUGGAGGGAUGAGCCCUGAAACUUCCAUACGCAUGGCAGAAAUUCUGCAGCUUUUCAAGAUUCCUCAGAUCUCAUAUGGCUCAUUUGAAUUGGCAGUGACUGAUGAAUCAUUUCCACCCCCUUUUUAUCGCAUGGCACCCAAUGAAGCUCUCCAGCAUGAGGGUUUAAUCCAGCUCUUUCUAUUCUUUGGAUGGAAGUGGGUAGGACUUGUCAUUGUAGAUGACGAACAUGGAGAACAUUUUAUACAAACUCUGGAACCUAUGCUCUCGCGAAAUAAAAUCUGCUCUGAAUUCACGGAAAGAGUUGACAGAAAUUUCCAUUUUUAUGAACUAUUUGACAUGAUUGAAAAAACUGUGAGUCAUAUUACCUUGUUCACAAAGAAAGUAGCAAAUGCAGUUGUUAUAUAUGGAGAAAAUAUAGUCUUUAUGUGGCUAGCAUCUGCUCUACUAGUGACCCCAAUUAUUCUUCCAACAACCUUUAAUUCUUCAGAGACACUUUGUACAAGAAAAGUGUGGAUCACAAUGGCCCAAAAUGACUUUACAUUACAUUCCUUACAAAAGGCUCUUGAUAUGCAAAUGUUCCAUGGAGCCAUUUCCUUCUCCAUUAGCAAAAAAGAACUUCCAGGUUUCCAACAAUUUAUACAGGCUAUCACCCCUUCUUGGGAAAAUCAAGAUGGCUUCAUUAGAGAUUUCUGGCACCAAGCUUUUGACUGCACACCAACAAAUAAUGGUGUUUCUCAGGAUGAGGAAUGUACUGGAAAGGAAAGACUGGAGGACCUUCCUGCACCCUUCUUUGAAACCAGCAUACUUGGCCAUAGUUAUAGUAUCUAUAAUGCUGUCUAUGCUUUGGUUCAAGCCUUACAAACUGCUUACACAAUUAGGACACAUCAGAACAUACAAAAGGACAGGGAUCAAGUGCGAUCAAAGAUUGUAGAAGCCUGGCAGCUCCACCCGUUUCUGCAGAGAAUUUCCUUCAACAACAAUGCUAGAGAUGAAAUUAAGUUAAAUGAAGAUGGAGCAUUACAAGGUGGUUUUGACAUUGUAAACCUGGUCACUUUCCCAAACAACUCUUAUAUCUACAUCCCAGUUGGAGAAAUGGAUCCACAAGCUCCUUCAGGAAAAACCUUCCACAUACAUCCAGACAAAAUCCAGUGGCAUCAUGAAUUCACUCAGCUACCUCCUCUCUCUUUAUGUAAUGAUCACUGUCCUCUUGGAAAAAGAAAGAACAAGACUGAAGGGCAGAAAUUUUGCUGCUAUACUUGUGCUCCGUGUCCAGAAAAGAUGAUAUCCAGAGAAAUGGACAUGGAGAAUUGUGACAGUUGUCCAAAGGAUCAAUUUCCAAACCAAGCUCAUGAUGAGUGCAUUCCAAAAUCAACGAAUUUCCUCUCCUUUGAACAGCCACUGAGCAUUACUUUGGUGUCUCUGGCUCUUUUUCUUGCCCUGUUUACAGCUUUGGUGUUUACAGUCUUCAUCAACCAACGGGACACUCCCAUUGUCAAGGCCAAUAAUCGCAACCUCACCUACCUUCUACUUGUCUCCCUCUUUCUCUGUUUCCUCUGCUCACUUCUGUUCAUUGGACACCCCAAUACGGUGACCUGCCUCCUCCAACAAACAACAUUUGGCAUCAUCUUCUCUAUUGCAAUCUCUUCUAUAUUGGCCAAAACCAUCACAGUCAUUGUAGCAUUCCUAGCAUCAAAGCCAGGAAGCCUAUUCCACAAAUGGGUGGGGCAAAAGUUGGCCUAUUCUAUUAUCUUUUUCUGCUCCUUCGUUCAAGUAGGAAUUUGUAUUGGUUGGCUGGGUACGUCUCCUCCAUUUCCUAGUUUGGACGUGGAGACACUCCAUGAAGAAAUCAUUGUAGAAUGUCAUGCAGGCUCCAUCACCAUGUUUUACUGUGUCUUGGGUUACGUGGGCCUCUUGGCUCUUCUCAGUUUCACUGUGGCCUUCCUAGCUAGAAAGUUGCCAGACAGUUUUAAUGAAGCCAAGUUCAUCACUUUCAGCAUGUUGGUUUUCUGCAGUGUUUGGCUGACCUUUGUUCCCACCUACCUGAGCACCAAAGGAAAGUACAUGGUGGCCGUAGAGAUCUUCUCUAUCCUGUCUUCCGGUGCUGGCUUACUGGGAUGCAUCUUCACCCCCAAAUUCUAUAUAAUUAUAUUUAGACCAGAACUCAACACAAGAGAGCAUUUAAUACAUAAGAAAUAG